CUCCGUUUCGAGCGAUCGUUCGUAUUUUACUUCAGUUAGUUAACAACUUCCGCUGUCCACCCCACCUGCCGCAUCCGACGCCCAUGGCCGCCGCCGUCGCCCCCGUCGUCUCCGACCUCAUCGAUUACCUCAACGCCUCGCCCACCGCCUUCCACGCCGUUGUUGAGGCGAAGCGGAAGCUGAAGGCGGCGGGGUUCACGCAGCUGUCGGAGCGGGAUGAGUGGGCGGGGCUCGAGCCCGGGAAGAAGUACUUCUUUACACGCAACCACUCCACCAUCGUCGCGUUCGCCAUCGGCGCCAAGUACGUUGCCGGUAAUGGGUUCCACAUCAUUGGUGCACAUACAGACAGUCCAUGCCUGAAGCUCAAGCCCGUCUCUAAGAUAACCAAGGGAGGUUAUCUCGAGGUUGGGGUCCAAACUUAUGGAGGUGGCUUGUGGUACACAUGGUUUGACCGUGAUCUUACCAUUGCCGGUAGGGUGAUUGUACGAGAGAAGAAGAAAGACACAGUCUCUUACACACACAAGCUUGUAAGGGUUCAAGAGCCGAUCAUGAGAAUCCCCACUUUGGCUAUUCACCUCGACAGGACUAUCUCUUCGGAAGGCCUCAAGAUUAACAAUCAGAAUCAUCUUGUCCCUGUGCUAGGCACAUUGAUUAAGAAUGAAAUGCAGAAACUAGUGGAACAAAAUGAGCCGAACGAAUCAUCAGGGAGCAAGAACACAAAGCAUCAUCCUCUAUUAUUGCAGUUGAUAGCUAAGGAGGCUAAUUGUGAAGCUGAUGAGAUAUGUGACUUUGAGCUGCAACUGUGUGAUACUCAACCGAGCAUUGUAGCAGGUGCCAUGAAAGAAUUUGUCUUUUCUGGGAGGCUUGACAACCUUUGCAUGUCAUUUUGUUCACUGCAGGCCCUAAUAGACUCAACUUCUACCGUGGAUUCUCUUAAUCAUGAAUCUGGUGUGAGAAUGGUAGCGCUCUUUGAUCAUGAAGAGGUUGGUUCUGAUUCAGCUCAGGGGGCUGGAUCUCCUGCCAUGUUGGAUGCUUUAUCAAGAAUCACAGGUGCUUUUAACCCUUCAAGUUCGAAGUUGCUAGAAAAGGCUAUUCAGAGGAGUUUCCUAGUAUCGGCAGACAUGGCGCAUGCCUUGCAUCCCAACUAUAUGGACAAGCACGAGGAAAAUCACCAGCCAAAGUUGCAUGGUGGACUUGUGAUUAAGCACAAUGCUAAUCAGCGAUAUGCUACAAAUGCUGUGACAGCAUUUAUUUUCCGAGAAAUUGCUGAGAAACAUCAAUUACCUAUACAGGACUUUGUUGUUCGUAAUGACAUGGGUUGUGGUUCAACAAUCGGUCCAAUACUCGCUAGUGGUGUUGGCAUUCGUACAGUGGAUAUUGGAGCGCCACAGUUGUCUAUGCACAGCAUUAGGGAGAUGUGUGCGACCGACGACGUUAAGCACGCAUAUGAACACUUCAAGGCAUAUUUCGAAGAGUUCACGGAAUUGGAUAGCAAAAUCAUAAUAGAUUGAUGAAAUGUAGCCUGCCAUGUUGGGUUAGAUGUCUUGAUGUGGUGGCAUCUUCUCUUGUAAUCGCAACUAAAUUAACAAAUAAAUAAUGUCAGAUUGUGUAAUUUUGCAUGAGACAUCAAAAAAUUUCUGGACAUUUAGAUUUUAUGUACAUAAUUUUUUUUUUCA